AUGGAGCAGAAGAUGCAGCCCCUCUACCACCCCCACCAACCCAAGCCGUUAUUGAGGCUCCUGGAUGAUGCUUCCUUUGCUGAUCAUGGUCAUGGGUACGAUACCGCUCAGAAUGAUACGGAUAUGGUCCCAGCUGAUGCCCCUCCUACUGUUGAUACCACUACCCUUAAUGCAACUCUCGAUCUAGCAGCCCAAGGUCACCACAAUGUGGGCAGUGAUAACCCUGUGGCAGUAGUGGAGGAAAUGGAUGAGGAUGACGAUGACGAUGAGGGUCAAUGGACUCUGCUGGAUCCAUAUGUAAACCCUGGCAACAAGCCUCAAAAGAGUAUGAAGAUAGGGAAAUUGGGCAAACCUGUACCGGUGAAGACACAUUCAGUCCUCACCAUAAAGCUGUCCAAUGGACGGAGAGCGGCGAUGAACCUGGAUAUCGCAGAGGAUUCGAUACUGCCUUCUAGUACUGAGAGGCCUGCAUUAGUCUGGCAAACGAUGGGAGAAUAUCCCGAGGCUAGUAGCAUUGAGAACAAGUUUGCACAACAAGUGUCAAAACAGCGUAAGGAGUGUAGGAAGGUUGUGCGACAAUGGAACGAACGAGCGUCAAUUGAAAGGCUAGAAGCACUACAUUUACUCAAGGCUACUCGGGACGUGGUUACCGAGGCAGAGAGAAGAGAGGAAAAGCCUCCACCUAGAAUAGAUGAAGGAGGGGAAUCAUCAGAUUCCGACGAUGAUAACAACAAUGAAGUCAGCCACAUUGAUCGGCGGAGUGUGGUAUCAGCCCGAUCGCCUGGUCUAAGCCCAGCACCCCAUGGAGGGGAUCCUUCUAGAUUAUCUCUGGGUAGCAUUGAUGCUAAUAAUGUCAGUACUGAGUACUCAGCGAUGUUACCUGUUAGGAGAGGGGGUGAUACAGGGACAACAGCUGCUAGAGCAGCUGCUGAUAUUGCUAAAGAAGCCCAGUUUCGAGAUCUGUUACGACAACAGGAAGAAUAUGCUAGCAUCAUCCAAAAGUAUUUAUUGAAGGAGUUCCAGGCGGGGAAUGAUACAGCUGAUGGAGGUGGUGGUGGACCAAACUCUCCUGGCGAAGCUCGUACGGGAGUCGAUCUGCUCAAUCGUGACUUGGAACGGAAUGCUCAGAACAUCUACGCUAAAGUCCGUAAAUGGCAGGAUCAAGUAGAACCUCUCCUUGAGGAACAGGAUAAUAGGCCACCUUUCACGUUGGAGUCCUAUACCAAGGAUGUUAUAGAAAAGGUGAAGACAUCUAAUGAGAAAAUUGCAGAGGGCCACGGUAUGUCGAGAUCACAGGGGCACAAUAAUAAUGAGAAUGCUCAAAUCCUCGCCGCCGAAGAUGAUGAUGAUGACAGUCCACUUCCAUCUGCAACUCUGGAUGAUAUCCUGCAGGGUGAGCCUGCCUGGAAUGUUGGAAGAUUAUUCUUAUCAGCACUGAUCCUCACCAACAAUGGUAACAUGGACAUAUUCGAUAAGUCUGGGACGAGUCCCGACUCUCCCGACGCACAUGAAGAUGAUGAUGCUGAGCAAGGGGCUGCCAAUUCAAGUCAAUUAAGCGAGGAGGCUCGGGGGCUAGAGAAGAGGAAGAAAGAUCGAAAGAAAUACGGUAUUCGUUUGUUGGAUGCCGAUAAGUGUGUUAACUAUGAUGUUGAGGAGCCUGAUGAUGUUGAUAACGCUGGAGGAGGUCACCGUAGUAGAACAGCAGCAGGCCCUGCUAGAGGAAAGAGAGCUAGACGGAGAUGACGACUCUAUAAACAUGAUGAAUAAUUAUUCCACCU